UUAUAUUCUACAGUGAUUUUCUCAUGAUGCAGGUCGUUAUUUCGCCUAUAAUUUUCCUGGGCGUACCUACGCAAUAUAUGUGAUAAGUAUAACAAAUGAGAAACAGUUUAUUAGCUCUAGAAUUUGUUUAAAACGAUGUUGAAUUAGCAAUGACCUUGACCUACUUUUCAUGAUCCAAGAUGGCGUCGUGUCUUCGAAGAUUUUUGAGGCCGACUGUCGCAGGAAUUCUUCGCACACAGGCUGCAGUCAGACCAGCCGUGAGCAGUCAUGUUUACAAGCUCCAGUGCACUGAUGCCACAACUACCCCUGAAGUCAAACCCACUGUGAGACCAGAGAACCCUUUGAUGCAGCAGACCCUAUUUGACUUUGGUGAAUAUGUCGCUGAAUGUCUCCCUAAGUUUGUUCAAUCUGUGGAGGUGACAAAGGGAGAUGAACUGCAGGUUAUGAUAUCACCAGAGGGAGUUGUACCAGUGAUAAGUUUCUUGAAAGAUCAUCACAAUGGCCAGUUCCUAAACAUAGUUGAUAUAGCAGGAGUAGAUGUGCCAACCAGACCUUAUAGAUUCGAGAUUGUAUACCUGCUUCUGUCUCUACGCUACAAUGCCCGUAUUACAGUGAAGACCUAUACUGAUGAACUGACCCCCUUAGAAUCUAUAUGUUCCAUAUUCCAUGGAGCUAAUUGGUAUGAGAGAGAGAUCUGGGAUAUGUAUGGUGUCUUCUUUGCCAACCACCCUGAUUUGCGCAGAAUCCUGACAGAUUAUGGCUUUGAGGGACAUCCAUUUAGAAAAGAUUUCCCUCUCUCAGGAUAUGUGGAGUGUCGAUAUGAUGAUGAAGUGAAACGUGUUGUUCUAGAACCCUUGGAAUUGUCGCAAGAAUUUCGUAAAUUUGAGUCACAGACACCAUGGGAAACUUUCCCUUCUCACAGGACUGAAAAUAAUCCCACACAUGUUCCCCUUAAAAAAAUAGAACAAGGCAACAAAGAAGAGGAGAAAAAAUAAUGAUUCUUAUAUAUAGGAUUAUUAUUAUAUUAUUAAUGAUACCAGAACGCUGAACUCAAUUAAAAUGGAGAAGAAAUGUAACACUGUAUUAAACAUAAUUUCUAGGUUACCAUCUGCCUACUUUGAAAAACUGUUUCUGUUAUAUCUGUGGAUUUAUUCCGAUGCCAGGGUUUUUCAUUUCUUUGUAUAUAACUAUAAUAAAUUAUGAAUUUAUGAGUUAAUAAAAUGUGUAGGCAAAAAUA